AUGGAUUUCCAGAACCGUGCAGGAUCCAAAUUCGGCGGCGGUGGUGUCGCAUCGCAGUCCGCGAGCAAUGCGGACCGUCGCGAACGACUACGCAAGCUCGCUCUCGAGACGAUCGACCUCGAUAAAGAUCCAUAUUUCUUCAAGAACCAUGUGGGAAGCUUCGAGUGCCGUCUAUGUCUGACGGUUCAUCAGAACGAUGGCUCCUACCUUGCCCACACCCAAGGCCGCAAACAUCAAACGAACCUUGCGCGACGUGCGGCCCGAGAGCAGCGGGAAGGGAAGAACCAGGACCCGUCCACGCUGCCGGGCGCAAUGGGCGUGCAGGUCAAGAAGCAGACGAUCAAGAUCGGACGGCCGGGUUACAAGAUCACGAAGAUUCGGGACCCGUUGACGCGACAGUUGGGGCUGUUGUUCCAGUUGCAGUAUCAGGAAAUUACGCCAGGAGUUCAGCCUCGGGUACGUUUCAUGUCUGCCUUCGAGCAGAAAGUAGAGGAACCUCCGGACAAGAACUUCCAGUAUCUCGUUGUGGCGGCGGAGCCGUACCAGACUUGUGGCUUCAAGCUCCAGGCUAGAGAGAUUGAUCGCAGAGAGGGUCGGUAUUGGACUUGGUUCGAUGAAGAUAGUAAGGAGUUCUGGAUCCAGAUCAUGUUUAAAACAGAGCGUGAGGAGAGAUUCAGCGGGGUUCCUGGUCUGGCACCAGUGGACCAUAAGGCUUGA